GCUGCGUGUUAGUGAGGUGCUGGGGGCGUUGAGUGCGGGUGUUGUGUCGCACCUUUGGCCUAACCACGGGAGGGGCUGAUCAUGAAAGGCCUUCCUAGCCUGUCACUUGGUGGUUCUGUCCUGGGUGGGGACGGUGAGGUGAAGGGCAGAGAGCGGCUGGCUGUGGGGAUGGGAUGCGGAUGCGGAUGGCGAUGGCGAUGGUUCGGGGGGUGUUUGCUGGGCGACGGGGUGACGGGGCUGGCAGUGAUGGCGACGGUGGCAGUGAUGGCGAUGGCGAUGGCGAUGGGCGAUGGCCGUGGCAAUAACGUCGCAGCGGUGGACUCGCUCAGCGAAGCCCUCGAGGUCCGCUGCGAAACAGGGAGCGUUGGGAGACGGGUUGAGGAGCGACUGGAAUGUGUUUCGUGUGCUGUCGUCUGCCCCUGGAGCCCGAGGCCGUGUGUUGCUUCACGCACGCUAUCGACCGAGGAAAAGACAGGCUGAUGAACAAACGGGCACGCAAACGGAAAUGAGCGUCGAUUGAGCGAGCGACAACGACAAGGACGGACUUGGGUGAGGGCACUGUGCGAGAAUGAGGAGCCCGAGGCCGCCGGGUGGGUCGGCGUGUGAAAGGAG